AUGGACAUGACUCUAGAUCCCCUGAAUUCCGGGAGUAUCAAGCGUAUUCGACAGGCAUGUGCCAACUGCAGGCGCAAGAAGACUAAAUGUUCUGGCGAGCGUCCAGUAUGCUUCCACUGUCGACGAAAUCGACUUACCUGUGUCUAUGAACCAUACUCGACUACUAUAAGCGAUCCUCCAGCUCCCCCCCUGGCACCAACAGCGAGCAUCCCGACCGACCAAAGCAAUGCAAAGCUUCUUCAGCGGCUUAGCACAAUUGAGUCUCGUCUUGCAGAGCUCAGUGGUUGCGCACCGGCAGGAAACGGAAACAACCUAUCGGAGUUCUCAUUGCCUGGAAACCACAUCUCAACAUCCGGAGAAAGUGGUGCACGGUCAUUUCCACCAGCACCCGUUCUACGCUCUGUUCUUGGUACGUACUUUGAGCAUGUCCACAACCAGCCUUACUCCUACUUCCAGGAGGCAUCAUUUCACGAAAAGCUGCAAUGGAACGUGUUACCCCGAUGUUUGGUCUUGGCCGUGCUCUCAUCUGCAGUCCGUUUUUCCAAGCAUGAUUAUUAUGCUGGCAGGACUCAAGAGGCAUCGGAGAGAUAUGCAAGGGAAUCGUGGCUUUCUGUUCUCACCGAACAUUUAACUGCUGAGGACAAUCUCAAUGUGCAUGUUGUUCAAACUGUAAACUUGCUAGCAGUGGUCGACUAUACAGCCGGUCGCGUGAGCUCUGGGUGGCUCAAGAUUGGACUUGCUGCGCGAAUCUCCCAAGACCUUCACAUGAUGGAUGAACCUAAUCAAUGGCUUCCCUUUACAGAGCAGGAAGAAAGAAGGCGAGCCUUUUGGUCUGCAUACCUGAUUGAUAAGCUCAUUUCUUGCGGCCGAUCGCGACCUCUUGUCAUACUGAACGAGGAUUGCAAAGUUCAGCUGCCGUGUGAUGAGCAUACUUUCAGGGAGGGAGAAUGGAAAAAGACAAACACGAUUGAGCAGCUCCUCAGUUGGAACACUGAAGUCACGGAAAGCCCGAGUCCCUUUGCCCUGGUUAUAUUGAUGGCGUCAAUCUUUGGCCGCUGCACGAGAUAUGUGCAUCAAAACAGAAGGGCAGAUGAGAUUCCACCAUGGGACCCCAAAUCAGAGUUCUCCGCCAUCAAUUCUUCUCUGUUAUUGCUGGAGUCAUACUCAAAGAUUGGGACUCGCCGAGUUUCCGACAUCCUGCAAACCGAGACGGAAAGCGUUGAUCGGAAAGAAGUCGGGCAUCUCGUUUUUGCUCGUGCGCUGUUUCACCUCUGCCACUGUCUUCUAAACCACCCCUUCCUUGUACGUCUACGACUCAAGGCAUUUGGCUCCAAAGCACCAACUAGCUUCUCUGCACGCUCUCUUCAGGUGGGAUGUGAUCAUGCAAGACACAUUAUGGAUGUACUGCGGGAUGCCCAUGAGAGUGGAUGUCUGAUUGAAUCUUCCUUCUAUGCAUACUGCAUUGCAAUUGCCGGGGGAGUCCACUCUCUAGCUUCGCACUUUGAGCACCAGUCAGCAACUCGUCGCCAAUCCGACAUUUCGCAUUACUUUAAUGAGAGCUUGGAUUCUCUCGGGCGAUUGGCAAAGCUUUGGGUUCACGCAGCAAAUAUGGCCGUCCGACUCCAAGAAUUCCACAACAUCUCGCACCAAUUUGCCAGCCUCCUCGAUCCGACCUGUCUAACGGAAGAUGUCGAUCCUGCGUCCCAAGAGCUUCUUUGGUCAAUGAUUGACUAUGGUAUUCUGGGCGCAGAUCCAAAUCAAAAGCCACUCACGCCACAAAAUACCAUUCCAACCCUUCAGACACCCAGUUCGGGAGCCCUCGGCUCAGAUAUACUUGAGAAUAUGCAACUGCAGUUUGAGAACGCAAACCAGGAUAUUUUUACAGGGCUUACUCCUACAAUGCGGCUAAAUGAAGCCGAGUAUCUUUUGAAUUGUAGCCCAAGAGCCAAUGGGAUGAUCUGA